CUCUCUACUAUUUCUCUUUAGUGCCACCCUUUUCCUACUAAUUCUUCCUCUCCUGUCCUUCCUGCCCCUGUAGCUUGGGCUUAAUUCAAAUCUUGAAGAAUAACAUCAUGAAUAAGGUCACCAUUGUUGGUAGUGGCAAUUGGGGCAGUGUUGCGGCAAAGCUUAUUGCCUCUAACACUCUCAAGCUCAGUUCCUUCCAUGAUGAAGUGAGAAUGUGGGUAUUUGAGGAAACUUUACCAACUGGAGAGAAGCUCACAGAAGUCAUCAACCAAACCAAUGAAAAUGUUAAAUAUCUCCCAGGAGUCAAGCUUGGUAAAAAUGUAGUGGCAGAUCCAGACCUCGAAAGCGCAGUUAAGGAUGCAAACAUGUUGGUAUUUGUAACUCCACAUCAAUUCAUGGAAGGAAUAUGCAAAAGGGUUGCAGGGAAAAUAAGGACAGAUGCAGAGGGAAUUUCUCUAGUCAAAGGGAUGGAGGUUAAGAAGGAAGGUCCAUGCAUGAUCUCUACUUUAAUCUCCAACCAACUGGGAAUCAACUGCUCUGUGUUGAUGGGAGCUAAUAUAGCAAAUGAGAUUGCAAUGGAGAAAUUUAGUGAGGCAACUGUGGGAUACAGUCAAAACAAAGAAGCUGCAGAGAAAUGGGUGCAGUUAUUCAACACUCCUUAUUUUAAUGUGACAUCUGUUCAGGAUGUUGAAGGGGUUGAAAUGUGUGGAACCCUAAAAAAUAUAGUGGCCGUAGCUGCAGGUUUUGUUGAUGGUUUGGAGAUGGGAAAUAACACAAAAGCUGCAAUCAUGAGAAUUGGUCUCAAAGAGAUGAUAGCAUUUUCAAGGCUGUUGUUUCCGUCUGUUAAGGACAGUACGUUUUUUGAGAGCUGUGGUGUAGCUGACCUUAUCACAACAUGCAUGGGUGGAAGAAAUAGGAAAGUUGCUGAGGCUUAUGCCAAAAAUGGAGGGAAGAGAUCUUUUGAAGAACUUGAAGCAGAAAUUCUUAGAGGUCAGAAAUUGCAGGGUGUAUUAACUGCAAAAGAGGUUUACGAGGUUCUAACCGCUCGUGGAUGGGUAGAGUUGUUUCCUCUCUUCAGAGCAGUCUAUGAAAUCAGCACAGGUGUCCAACCACCAUCAGCAAUAGUUGAAUUCAGCAAUAACAAACCCAGCUCCCACCAUAGACAAAGCAUGCUGUAAUUGUGCAUUAAUAAUCAUUGGUGGAAACCUUGAAGAUCGUGGCAACUCGGCUUCAUUUCCGUAGUUGAAGAUCGGAGAUAGCUGUUUUCUUUGAAGGGAAAGGAAAUCAAUCCUUGAUGUUCAAUCCAAAACACACAUUUACUAUCGGAUGCAGUAGACUUUAGAUACAGGAAAGAGUAAUUUGAAUACACUUCCCAUUUUUGAUAUAUUUUAAACAUUUUAUUUGUUUUGAUCCCCAAAGUAGAGCAAUUGCUUUGAGAUUGUGUAUGGUAGGACUUCCUUCCAUAAAAUAAAAUUCAUUUACAUUAUUGUCUUUUA